UCCAAGAUGUUCAUCCAGUGGACUCUUCUGAUUUCCUGCACAACCCUAAUCUCCGCCGCAUCCAUUUCGGAGAGGAUUGUGGGAGGACAGCCGGCGAACAUUUCAGAGGUACCCUGGCAGGCCUUACUCCGAGUUGGCGAUUGGGAUUGCGGGGCUGUCAUUUACAGUGACCAGAUCCUCCUAACCGCAGCCCACUGUAUCGCUUCCAAAGAUACAACAAGGUACUACGUGAGAGUGGGCUCCUCGAACGCUAGCAAGGGAGGUCAGGUGGCGAAGAUAAAACGCAUCGUAGUGCACGAGCAGUACGCAGAUGAAGUAUGGCAUAACGAUAUAGCCGUACUCCAACUUCAGACCAGACUCAGGAUGGGUGGUAGUGUACAGGCCAUUCCAUUGGCAGAUAGAGCUCCCGAAGGUGGGUCCCCCGCCCUGGUUUCCGGAUGGGGUGACACGGAGGUCGGGAAUCCGGAGACUCUUCGCAAGGCUGAAGUGCACAUAGUCGACCGCGAAACCUUCAGAAUGUACUUUUGGAACUUAUCUGCGGAUAAGAUAGCUGCCACUUCUCCGGGAAUUAGUGCGUGCAUUGGAGAUUCUGGUGGUCCUUUGGUCUCCGACGGUAAACUGGUUGGCAUCGCUUCCCACAUAUAUGGAAGCUGUGCUCAUAGCCCAUAUCCUAAUGUCUACGCUAACGUGGCGCAGCUCAAGCCCUGGAUCAUGAAUACCAUUAAAACCCUGUCAUAAAAAAUGAGUAGGGACAACAAUGUAUUAAACCAGAAAUAAAGAAAUGCAAAAAAUAA